AUGCUCAUCCCAGCUCUGCUCCUUCUGGCUACCGCCGUUUCGGCUCAGCAAUCACCCCCCAGUGUCGUCACCUCGAUGAACGCGACUGCAACGCCAGCCAUUCCGCCCAUGGAACCUCCCAGCGACUUGUGGACAAACGAUUGCGAUUGCAUCCAAGAGCCCUGUCUAGCAUGUGCGCAAGGACUCCCGUGUGCCCCCGGCUCGACAAGUGAUGGCGAUGUCAUGUCCAUACCGCAGGGGGAGACGCCCAUCUCUACAGGUGAAAUGGAGCCUACCGUCAUCUACACGAACCCACUGCGAUCGAGCGAGUCGGCCGUCUCCUUCCUCCCGCCUGGAGAGACACCUCUCUCGACUGGCUCACUGGACAUUCCCGCAACCGCAACCCUCAACAUGACUGCUGUCCCGAGCCCGACCCUCUCUGGCUCUGGACUGCCAGAACAGACAACCAAUGCGGCUGUGGCGCGGAAAGGUGAUGGUGCUGUCUUCUUCUUAGGCCUGCUCGGCGCAGUAGGUGCGCUUCUAUGA